AUGGCGGCAAGCAGCUGGGCAGGGUCAGAUGCUGGAGAUUUUGAAUCUGAUGUGCAGGAGCCACCACCCUCAGAAAGCAAGUGUUCAGUGCGGAAGGUGAGCUUCCUCUUGAGCAAGCCAUGUACAUGUGCUUUGUGCACCAAGACCAGUACGUCACUUAGUCCCCUGGCGGAUGGUCAUGCAGAUGAUGCUUAUGGAGGCCGGCGACCGUGGAGUUGCUAUCGGAAGGUCUCUGACCGGGACUCUCGUGAGACAUUUUCCGUGCCUCAGUCGAAGCUCUGUGGUUUGUGCAAGAAUGUGUGGAGGCUCUUGGGUUUCAGCCACAAGUAUGGAUCUGUAGGCCAGUACGUCAAGCAGCUGGAGGAAAAGAAGGUUGACCACGCGAUUUUUCUGGCCAGCCUGGAAGAGUGGAUAAAAAAGCACAACGAGAAUCCAGGCAAGCACCGGCUGCGAAGUCAAGAUGACAAAGACUCCGUCACUUCCGCGAAGGAAAAGUUGAUGACCAAUGAGGAGCAAGGUUGCCAGUUUGAAGCUCCAGAGACUUUUUUUGUUGAGGUGAGCAAUUGGAAACCAGAGUUGUAUGGCCCUUUGGACGAAAGCAAGAUCGUGGAAAAGAAAAUCUUUGGCAAGGUGAGACGCGGUGUCUACCGCCAGACUGGCGAAGAUGGGCACUUCAAAGUCAAAGAUUUUGAGAAAAGUUCCAUUCUGCACCAGACUGUGGAGCAUGAUGGAAAACAAGACCUAUUCAAUGAGGAAGGUCUGAACAACAAGAAAGAGGCCGUCACUGCUGUUUUGUCCGAAGGCCGGCGUGAAAGACGCAGUCGCACCGUGAAAGCUGAGGCGCCGUCCAUGUCAGUGGAUGCGGUGCUUGCGUUGCUGCAGCAGCAUGGCAAGACCGACGCAGGCGGCGAGGCCUCCGGCCGGGCGGCUGCGGAGCAAAACUCGCAGGAGAAUGGCGGUGAGGCAGCUGACGAAAAGAGUUCAGAUGAUGGGUUUGGUGAUGAAGAAGAGCACCUCGGGUUGGCCAAUCGUUUGGCGAAUCUUGGUGGGAACAAAAAGGUUUCCGCAAAACCUGGCGCCAAAGCUACGGCUACUGCAAAACCAGCAGCCCGCCGUCCAGGAUCUGCCCCCAACACAGCACCAGCAGCCUCUGCGGGCCCAGUUCUCCCAGCUGCGCCAAAAGCGGCUCCAACAGUCGCACUGACACCUUCUGUUCCAGCUAAGGCAGCUACGGCUACCGAAGCAAGCUCACAGCAGAGCACACAACAGCAGCAGCCGGCAGCUAGCUUGGAUGGCCGUGGCCUCAGAAUGGCCCAAAGCUUGAAGAAAGCCGUGGAGAAAAUGGACGAAGACAUAGAUGCCUUGCUGGUCUUUGAUGACUCCUAUGAGUGGACCGACAAGAAGACCUUUAAUGCCAGACACAAGCAGCUGAACGCUCUGCGGAAAGCAACCGCUUCCCAAAUCAACAGGGUGGAUGCAAGCGCCAACAAAGCUUCCUUCGCCGAUAGCCGCGCUUCUUUCGAAGAAGGCCUUGCCCAUGUGGAUAAAGCCAUCAGCUUCAACCAGGAAUUGCAUAGCCAGACCCCCAGGAGUUCCCACCUCACUGCUGCGUUUGAUGUCCUAGAAGCAAAGCGGACAGAGAGUUUCGUGGUUGGAUCCCGGUACUGGUUCACACUACUGGGCGCCAAGUGUAACGAGGAGAUGACUUUUCGCAACCUGGAGGCCUACUGCCAGCUGUUUGAAGAUACAUCCGUGGAGGUUUCCAAGCUGAUCAAGCUGGUCGGCGAAAAAGAGGUUUGCAAGUUUGCGCUCACAGAGGUGGAGUCCAGACUGUUGUUCCUGCUCCGUGCCCUGACGCCGGCAGAUAUCAAGAAGACAGACUGUUUCGGUAGAACUCAAGCCUUGCAACUGAGCUCCGUAGUCUGUGACAAAGCAGAGAAGGGCACCACUUUGUUCAGGGAUGUUCAGCAGAUGGCUACAAUUGUCCGUGAUCUUUUCCAGACAGAAGAUUCGCAGGCUUUAGGCGACGCUCUUGCCAAGAUUGAGGCCGGAGGUCUCGAGGAAGAAGGACUCAUGCAGUUUCUCACAAAACACAAGACAGGCCUAGCCUUAGUGGAGGAUGCGAAACAGAAGAAGCUGAAUCGCCAGUCUGAGGUUGAGAGUGAGUUGAAGCUGGCAAACUUGAGGGCGGGGCUUACUGACUUGGAUUCCAAGUAUGACGUUCUCGAUGCCAUUGCCUUGACAGAGGGUGUUGUGCCUUGGUGGCAAUCCAGGGCCUCUGGCCGGGCAGAUGGGGAGAUGCUGGCCAAGCACCGUCUGACCUUGCAGCUGGUCACGACUGAUUUCUGGAGUUUCGUGAUGGCAGGGGCGCAGGGGUACUUGACCGCAUGCUUGUCAACCUGCGUCGAACAAGCCAUUGCGCAGAUGGAGAAACAGAUGAAACGUUCAGACAUACAUGCUGAGGUCGAGACUGAUCCUGACUUUGACCUUGCAGAGAUCAAGAAAACCAUGUCUUGCCAUGCUUUUGUGGACCAUGACUUUUGGAAGGACCCAGGUGCGCAGAAAGAAGCUCCAGCAAAGCUCAAACAAAUGCUUGCUGAUUUCAAGCAUGUGAGCGUGAAGACGGCUGAGCUCGUGGAGUAUGUAUUUAGCAAAAGGAAGAUUGGGUUCGGACGGGUUCCAGAGCCAACUCCUAACAAGCUGAAGAUGUGGCUCGACCUGUCGUGCCAGGAGUUUCUGGAUGCUGAGGUGGCAGAGUCUGUGAAAACAAAUCUCCAAGAAGUGGUGAAGGCGGAGCUAGAUUCCCAAGCGCUGUGCGCCUUUCAGGCAGUGGGCUCUCUGGUGACAGCUUGUGUGGUCAAGACCUCCGGUCUGGAGAGUGUCGGAGGGGCCUUUGCCGAAGUGUCCAAUUUCCACGCCGAAGCUGCGUUGAAACUACCGAAGGAAGGCCCUUGGGCCAGGCUGCUCCCAUCCUUCUUUGAGGUUGGUCGUUUGGGUUCUGCUGCAGCGAAGAAGCAGUGUGGCUGUGGGCCUGUGCGAGAAGGGCUGGAGGCUGUUCAGAGCUAUUUGGAGGAAGCUGCUAAGGUGAAGCUCUCAGAGCCAGACGAGCGCAUGGACGCAAUGAAGCUUCAGGACCCUGGUUUUCUCACUUGGCUGGGGCAGGUCGAAUCCUUGUUGCUUUUCAAGUUGCGAGAGCAAGGCAAAGAACUCAUGAAGGCUUUGAUGCACCUAGCGGACAAGGGCCUGAUCCCGCAAUGGGAGGAGGAAGCGCAGUUGGCAGAAGGUGUUUCGCAGGAAAAAAAGACGUGCAAGUCCAUCGAUGGGUUGUUGAAGAGGGCGCUGCAGGAAGAUUUGCCGAAGACCCCUGUCACGAUCAUUUUGCCAGAUGAUGCAACCAAGCAGCUCCUGGUGGAUAUGGCUGCAGCUGUAACGCUUAGCUUGGGAAAGUGCUGUUUGGACGUGGAGAAGCAGUGGUCGAUAGUUCAGGAAAAAAGGCCUUCGAGUCUGGUUGAAAAAGACAGCAGUGGCCCACACGAGCCGGAAGAAGUUACCACUGACAAAGGUGGAACGUCAAACCAAGCGGAUGACAAAGACAAGGAGAUGCUAUUUGGACACGAUGCUCGGCAAGAGGGUCUGAAAACAAAGCCUUGCCAAGAAAAGGCAGUGGCCAAAGUUGAGCCAGCUUUGUCGGAUCCAGUGGUUUCCAAACCGGGCACGCUUGGCAGUGAGCAUCCGAAGUUGGACUCGAAGGCUGAGACCGAACCUUCAGGUGAGAGCAACCCCCCUGUCACAUCGGCAGAUGCGAGCCACGGUGACAAGAAAAAAGAGAAGAAGGAGAAGAAGGAUAAGAAAAAAGAGGACCAGAUGAGCAAAGAGAAAAGAAAACAUUUGUUUGAGAAGCUUCAGCGUAUGCUUGGCAAGGUCACAAAGAAGAAGGGCGAGAAGGAAAAAAGGAAAACUGCGAAAGAGAAGAAAGAAAGGAAAUCGGACAAGAAGGCGAAGAAAGAGAAGGACAAGAAAGACAAAGAGAAGAAAGAGAAGAAGGACGACAAGAAGACAGAAGCCCAGAAAGAAAAAAAACGCAAAGAUAUGGAGAAGACCGAGAAGCCCAAGAAGCAGAGCCGCAAGGAGGAAGAUCAGGCUGAACCAGGGGCGAAAGGAAAGCGUCCGGCAAAAGACCUCGCGGGCGAAGCCCCCAAGAGACAUAAAGUUAGCUGCACAGACGGGCCAGAAGCAGCAGACCGGGCCUUGCUGGAAGGCAAAGCUCAAGCCACGCCGCAGGCAAAGACCAAGGCAGCACAGGCAAAGGCAGCAGCUAAGGCUGAGGCCAAGGCCCAGACCAAGGCAGCAGGAAAGGCUAAGGCGAAAGCUAAGCUGUCUGCGAAGGAACCUUUGACCAUGGCUGAGGUCAUGCAAGGUAAAGAGUUGCUCGCCAACCAGGAUGCGAGCGGGUUGGCCCGCAUGUUCAAGGAGAAGAAUGCUGCGGCGAAGGUCAAAGACGCUGCUGUAGAGGGACUUUGCUAUGAUGUGUUUCCGAAGACCAUGUUUGCUUGGCACAUGUCCUACCUCCGAUUUCCGGUCUUGCGCGCGAGACCCACCGUAGAUCCAGAUUCUAUUGAUGAAUGGCGGGCCAUGGCGCAAAGUAGAACCAUUUCAGCUGAGAGCUCUAAGAGCGGGCAGUGGUUGAUGGAUGCUGCCGUGGAAAAUUUCCAAACUUGCGCGGCCAUGAGUGGAGGCAGAUGGCCAAAACCUCCCCGUUGUUUGUCUUGGGCUUCUUGUUGCUCUGGGUCUGAAGGGCCUCUUUUUUGCAUUCAAGCCAUCAACGCCGCAGUGAAGUCCAACAAGCAGGGGGCACCGUUCUGCAUGUCCCAUGUGUUUAGUUGCGAGAAGGACGCAGAGAAAAGGAAGUGGAUCGCUUGUGCUUCGUUUCUAGCAGCCGACACAGUUCAACGGGCAAGCUCUCAGAGCCAGCAGGCAGCUCAUGCUGCAGCAGCGGGCCGUGCUUGCUGUCACACGCGGCUGGCAGAACCAUGUCUCUUUGUAGACAUUGCCACCUUAGGCCAACCUGAAGCAGAAUGGGCGACGCACCGAAAGAAAUGCCUUGUUCCAGAGGUCGAUUUGCUGGUGCUUGGUACGUCUUGCAAGGAUAUGUCAAAGGCAAAUCCCAACCCACAGGCAGCUGCAGGAGUUUUGGGGCAGAUGAGCAGCAAGGGUGGCUCCGCACAAACAUUCCAAGGAAUGUUGGCAUACUUGUCCAGCAAAUGCCCCCCGCUAGUUCUCUUCGAGAAUGUGGACGCGAUGGACGAUAGCAAGGGUGCUGAAAGCAGCAACAUGGACAUCUUCUUGGCUGAGACAUCAUCGAGAGGCUAUGAAAGCCAAGUUUGUAUGACAGAUGCUGCUGAGUUUGGUUGUGCUGCUCGGCGCAGGAGGGUAUAUGUAUUGCUGGUUCGGGCGGCUGUGAACCCUUUGGUGGACUUUGUUUCACGGCCCCUCAGUGCCACAUUUGCCACUUUCAGAGCCUUACUCGUUGGGUGCCUUCGAGGCGGGCCGUGUGUCAAUGACGUGCUUCUUGACCAGGCGUCCACGUCAGUGCAAGCAGACCUUCAGUUGCGCUUGGACAAGCGGGCCAAACAAAAGGAAAAGGAGUCUGCAAAGACUUCACCGCCCGUCAAUUUGGCCAGCAACCAAUGGUUUCAAGUUUUGGGGGACCGGGAGAAGGAUGCACUGGUGCUGCAGCAGCUGCACUCUCCGCAGAUUCGCUUCCGAGAUUUGUCUCAAUCUAUCACCCGAAUGAAUUCAAAUUCUUGGGACCCAGACAGAGCACGGCAUACUAUGAGCACCGUUUUGCCCAAGAUGACUCUUUGGUGUGAGCACCAGGCUCGGUUGGCUCUAGGGCGCGAAGGUUUGGUCAUGCAAGGUUUUCCUGUAACGCCUUUCCUCGAGUUGGUCCAGGAGCACAUGCAAAGUUUGCCCCUUGCGGAGCAGUGGUUUCCAUCUGAAAAUUUGAUGAUGGACCUGGCUGGAAACGCAAUGGCUUUGCCAGUAGUGCUUGCUAUGUUGCAGUGCGCCCUGGUGGCUUUAAAUUGGAAAGAUGGGGCGCAAUCACUGCAGGUAAAUCCUUUGUCUCACAGUGAGGACACGGCUGCUGCUAUGGAGGCUUUGGAGGCUUUGGGUUCUGCCAUGGUGAAGUGCUGUCACAGCGGGCAGGAAGGCAUGGAAUUGGUGCAGCAGAUCCAGGCCAAGCAAGCUGAAGCUCCCAAAGCUGACAAGGGCGAAAAGAAGAAGGCAAAGCAGGUCUCUGCCUUUGUCAACCUGUUGCAGCUCCUGCGAAGCCCUGACAACCCUGUGCGAUCAGACGCUGAGAGGAGGUAUGCUGAUGCGUCCAAGACAGACCCACCCCGAGUUUUCGCUUGCCUCGGCAUCUCGGUGACCCAUCAAGAUGAGGUGGUGAGGAUUCAGGCCGGCACCCUGCUGCGAAGAGCUGCUCUGCAGAGUGAUGCUGAAGAUCCAUGGUCCAAGGCAAAAGUUGUGCACCCCUUGGUACAAAGCAAUCUUCUCAAGGCCUUGGCCUAUGAACCCAGUUCAGCGGUGAGACGUGUUCUGGUGGCCGCCAUUGCAGUCAUUUCAGAGGCGGGUCCAUGGCCAGACUUGGUCCCAUUUGCCUUCAAGUUGAGCAAGGAAAAUGCCGAGGCUGCCAUUUGUGUGCUGUCUGAAAUCAUGGGCAGCCACGUGCAGGAGAUCAUGUCCCAGGGCCAGGAGUUGGUGACCAUCGUGGACCAGGGCUUGGCUUUUCACGCGGCCAGCACGGUCAGCAUGAUCUGCCAGAUGGUUCCAGUAGUUCCAGCAGUGGAUCAGGCGCAGAUUCGGCAGAUUCAGCAGAUUCUGCCGAAGAUGGAAGAUUCACUGAGAACUUUGGCUGGUGGAAGUGGAGGAAGUGGAGGAAGUGGAAGUCUUUCAACAGCUUUGCAGGCAUUGAUUGGGUUGGUGGAGCAUUCUCCUACUUUCUUCAAACCGAGAUACCAGACCUGCAUUGAUUUGAUGUUAGACUUUGCUUCUGCAUCUUCGUUGGAUUCUGCAGUGCGCUUGCUGUCUUUCGAAUGGGUUUCCACACUCACAGCCGCCAAGGGAUUGCUGAAGGCUGUGCCAGACUUGCCGGAGAAGGUCCUUUCGGUAGCAUUUCUGUUUCUUCGUGAAGUUGAUGAAAAUGCUCACGACGACGAGGACCUCCACAAGGAAGGAGAAGCUAAAGUCGAUUUCUUCGUGAAGAAAUUCAGCUUCAAAGUCACAGUGAAGCCUCUGAUGACUCUAACAGCACGGCAUGUGAGCGGAUCUUGGAAGGAGAAGGUAGCUGCUGCUAUGGCCAUCCGUGCUGCUGGAGAGUAUGCUGAUGACACUGCUGCUGAUCAAAUGGCAGAGUUUUUGCUGCAGUUGCUGGCAGAUAGCCAUGCCCGGGUCCGUUUGGCAGCAUUCUUCGGUUUGGGUCAGCUGUGUCAUGAUCGUAUCUCAAAUUUUCAUGAAAAAUGGUGUGACAAGUUCAUGCCUGCCCUUGUGCAGGGUUGCAACGACACAGAUGUCAUUGCAGUGAAGGCCAUCAGUGCAUUAGAAGCUCAUCUCCAUGGAUUGUCAGAGCAAGAAAUUCAACGCUUCUCAGACACACUGAUCUGUGUCUUGAUGCAGAAACUUCAAUCAACAGAUGAAGCUAUUCUGAUAGCAUCCUUGGAAGCUAUUGGGGCUUUGGCCAUUUCAUUGGACAGCUUCGAUUCUUACGAUUCAUUGGUUCCCCUGCUGUUGCGGGCCCUGGCCGGGGAGGCUGUUUCCCAAAGUCACCAAACGCUUCGAGAGAAGGCCUUCGAAUGCAUUUCCCUCACGGGUUUUGCAGUGAGUAAGGAGAAGUUUGCCCCAGCAGCUGCUGCGGCCUUGAAGUCGAUGUUUACCACGUCCAUCAGCCAACUGGGCCAACUCUCGGAUUGCACCAGUGAUGCCCUGAAACGGAUUUGCAAAGUCCUGGGGAAAGACUUCGCGGAUUUCCUGCCCUACUUUGUGCCCAAUAUCCUCAGAGUGCUUGAAACUGAUGUCUUCACCACGGACAUCCAAGGAGCAGGCGAUGAUGACUUGGUCGUUGCAGCCGGUGACACUACCAUCCGAGUGAAGACAGGGCAGUUAACCGAGAUGGUUGCGCUGCUGAAUAUCUUGGAAGUGUUUAUGAAGCACACAGCUGAGGGAUACAUCCAUCCAGUGGAUUUCGUGCGUCCAACCAGUGAAACUCUCACCAAGCUCCUGUGCAGCAAUCCAUCCAGCGAAGUCUCGCCAAUCACUUCCGAGAUACGUUCGGCCCUAUAUCCAUGCUGGGCAGAACUGGUGGGUCUAGUGACUCCCGUGAACCCUCAACUUGUCAGUGAAUUGGUGCAGAAUUUUGUAGACAAAGUAGGCUCAGAUCUUGUGAAGGCAGAUGAAGCUGAUGAGAUCGCAUCAAUGGCCAUGGGCAUUGUGACCAUCAUCAACCGCGCUGGGAUCGGCACCUUACGGCCCGAGCAGGUGAACAGCAUUUGCGAAUUGGCCGUGGCUGAGAUCCGUCAAUCCUUUCAACGCGAUGCUGCGGUGACGGAGACGACGGAGACGACGGAGGCCGAUUCUCAAGGCUCAACGGGCUCAACGGACUCAGCGGAAGAUGAACAUCAAUGCCGAACGGAGCUUUUGUCGAUGAUCACUGCCUGCAUGAAGGCAGAUGCUCGGACAUUCAUCGCAUCAACUUGGCAAACGCUACAGGCUCUACUGCAACAGUGGUUUGUUUCCUAUGGGCAGCUGGGGGGUAAAAAGUUGGCCUUACAUUUGGCCUGCGACAUCUGCCAGCACCUGGGUGAAGCUGUGAAUUUGUUGGCCGGCUUCAUGGAUCAGAUCAUCAAGGCGUUGACUUCUCGAAGUAAAGAGGAGCGGCACUGGGCUGCUUUCACAGUGAACUAUGCUGCCAGAAGCUCUGCCUUCAGUCCCUUUGCUGCCCAAGCAACGGAACGCCUCAAGGCACACCUGCAGGGGGACAGUGAGACUGCGGCUUUGCUCCAACUCUGUUUGACACAUCGGCAGUGUGCUGACAGCGACUGCUGGGCCAUGUGCCUUGCAGCGCUUCCGCUGAAGGUGGAGAUGGCUGAGUGCCGAAGGCUGAACAGUUGCCUCUUCACAGAGGUGCAAUCAGGUGGACUGCAAGGACUCCUGGCUGCUCGCGCAUUGGGCUACCUCUGUGAAGUAUACGGGAACAAAGACUUCUGUGAUGAGGAGCUGCAGAUCAACCUCAAUCAGGCUUUGAGACAGCUGCCCGAGAAGGCAUAUCGAGAUUUAUUUUCAGUCCUCACUGCUGCGCAGCAGAAGAAGCUCGAACGAAUUGUCAGUCAGCCUGGACCAAAGCGCGCCUGGUGA